GUGGUGUGGCCAAUGUCAGAACAACCUUGCAGCUGAAGGCAAGUCACUGCAUUGCCCAGAGCCAUAUGAACAGGUCUUGUGACCAAUUAAUUGACUACUACAUAAUCUCCAGCUAGGGAGCACAGAUGGAGUGAGUCAGUCCAAGCUGCUCAACCUGUUAAGUGUCUUGUCUUUGCUAACUGGAGUAUAAGCUUAGGAACAAAAAUAGGGCUUGUCUAUGUCUGUAAUGGGAUUGCAGACAGCGUGUUUUGUAAUGUGAUAGAUGGAUCUGACUUCCUAAAUUAUUGGCGGGCUUAAUUUACGUAACAAAUGAAUGUUCCACUUUUUUUUAAACCUUUGAAAGGGGAAAUUAGUACGCUGCUGUCAAGUAGCUUUUCUCACAUACUGUAUAGGGAGUGAAAUGAUUGUUUAGAACUGCUCGUCAUUACGGAAUAUUCCUCACAUAACAAAGGAACUUCAGGAUUUGUCUCCAAGUCCAUGUUGAUGGUCAGGAUAAACUGGAAGAACAUUAAACCGUUCAGGAGAUGUGUGGCGGCACAGCGAAGACCACAAACCAGCCAGAGAGCUGGCAAGACUCUGCCAGAUGUGUGAGUGAUGCCGUUCCUGGUGCUGGGAGGAUUUACAGGGUGCUUUUAUGCACAAAGAUUAAAAAACACACCGGGGUAGACAGGAGCACUGACCACACGGAACUCGACAACAGUUGGUCAUGUUCGGAGUUUGACCUGAAUGAGAUUCGCCUGAUAGUUUACCAGGACUGUGACAGGAGAGGCAGACAAGUCUUGUUUGACUCUAAAGCUGUUCAAAAGAUUGAGGAGGUGACCGCUCAGAAAACAGAGGAUGUUCCUAUUAAAAUAUCAGCCAAGUGCUGCCAGGGAAGCAGCAGUGUCAGCAGCGUCAGCAGCAGUAGCAGCAGCAGCAUCUCUUCCCACAGUUCUUCUGGGGGAUCUUCACACCAUGCUAAGGAACAGCUUCCAAAGUACCAGUACACAAGACCAGCUUCCGAUGUCAACAUGUUAGGGGAAAUGAUGUUUGGCUCAGUUGCCAUGAGUUACAAAGGCUCCACCUUAAAGAUACACUACAUACGUUCUCCUCCACAACUGAUGAUUAGUAAAGUCUUCUCUGCUAGAAUGGGCAGCUUCUGUGGAAGUACAAAUAACUUGCAAGACAGCUUUGAGUACAUCAACCAAGAUCCUAAUUUGGGAAAACUGAACACAAAUCAGAAUAGUUUGGGUCCUUGUCGUACUGGAAGUAACCUAGGUCUGCUGCAAGCAUGCAGCAGCAAAUUGCUGCAGGGGGUAGCUGAAGGAGGACCUCUCCGGCUCACCCGGAGUGCUUCUUUCUUUGCAGCACAUAGCACACCAGUUGAUAUGCCAAGCAGAGGACAGAAUGAAGACAGGGACAGUGGCAUUGCUCGAUCAGCCUCACUAAGCAGUCUUUUGAUCACACCUUUCCCAUCUCCAAGCUCCUCUACAUCUUCUUCCAGCAGUUACCAGCGCCGCUGGCUUCGAAGUCAGACAACAAGUUUGGAAAAUGGCAUCAUUCCAAGAAGGUCAACUGAUGAGACAUUCAGCUUGGCUGAAGAAACCUGUAGUUCUAAUCCAGCUAUGGUUAGGAGGAAGAAAAUUGCCAUAAGCAUCAUCUUUUCCCUAUGUGAGAAAGAAGAAGCACAAAGGAAUUUCCAGGACUUCUUCUUUUCUCAUUUUCCCCUGUUUGAAUCUCACAUGAACAGGCUGAAGAGUGCAAUUGAAAAGGCUAUGAUCUCCUGUAGGAAAAUAGCAGAAUCAAGUCUCCGAGUCCAGUUUUAUGUCAGCCGUUUGAUGGAAGCUCUGGGAGAAUUCAGACGAACUAUCUGGAACUUAUAUUCUGUUCCAAGGAUAGCUGAACCUGUAUGGCUUACUAUGAUGUCCGGCACUUUGGAAAAAAACCAGCUCUGCCAGCGCUUUCUCAAGGAGUUUACACUUCUGAUAGAACAGAUCAAUAAAAACCAGUUUUUUGCUGCCUUACUGACUGCAGUGUUAACCUAUCACCUGGCCUGGGUCCCAACUGUCAUGCCUGUGGAUCACCCUCCCAUUAAAGCCUUCUCAGAGAAACGUACCUCCCAGUCAGUGAACAUGCUGGCCAAAACACAUCCAUAUAAUCCUCUCUGGGCACAGCUGGGUGAUCUUUACGGAGCCAUAGGCUCUCCAGUGAGACUGACUCGCACCGUAGUGGUAGGGAAGCAGAAGGACUUAGUCCAGCGCAUACUUUAUGUCCUGACCUACUUUCUCCGUUGCUCUGAGCUACAAGAGAACCAGCUGACCUGGAGUGGCAAUCAUGGUGAAGGUGACCAAGUUUUAAAUGGGAGCAAGAUCAUAACAGCCUUGGAGAAAGGAGAGGUGGAGGAGUCUGAGUAUGUGGUCGUUACGGUGAGGAAUGAGCCCGCUCUUGUACCCCCCAUCCUACCACCAACAGCAGCUGAGAGACAGAACCCCUGGCUGGCAGGGUUUCCUGAGAGCCCAGAGGGCACUGACAGUAGAGACCUGGGUCUUAAACCUGACAAAGAAGCUAACAGGAGGCCAGAGCAGGGUUCUGAGGCUUGCAGCGCAGGGUGCCAGGGGCCAGCAUCAGACGCUUCCUGGAAACCUCAGAAUGCAUUUUGUGGAGAUGAGAAAAAUAAAGAGGCACCGCAAGAUGGCUCUUCAAGACUUUCCAGCUGUGAAGUUUUGGGGGCAGGAAUGAAGAUGGACCAGCAAGCUGUCUGUGAGCUGUUGAAAGUGGAGAUGACUACGAGACUGCCAGACCGGUCAGUGGCCUGGCCUUGCCCUGACAGACAUCUCCGGGAGAAACCUUCCUUAGAAAAGGUCACUUUCCAGAUUGGAAGCUUUGCAUCUCCAGAGUCUGACUUUGAAAGCCGCAUGAAAAAAAUGGAGGAACGGGUGAAGGCCUGUGGCCCCUCCUUGGAGGCCAGGGAGGCCGCUGAUGUGGCUCAGGACCCACAGGUUUCUAGGAGCCCUUUCAAACCUGGCUUUCAGGAGAAUGUCUGCUGUCCUCAGAAUCGGCCUUCAGAGGGGGAUGAAGGCGAGUCUGACAAGGGUUUUGCAGAGGACAGAGGCAGCAGAAAUGACACAGCAGCAGAUGCUGCCGGGCAGCUCAGCCACGCUGCUGACUUGGGCGCAGCCUCCCACAGUGCAGCAGGAACGGGAGGGAGGAGGCUGGAGGCGGCUAGAGGUUUGUAUGUGAAGGCUGCGGAAGGACCUGUGCUGGAGCCUGUUGCCCCCAGGUGUGUCCAGCUCGUGGCUGGUGCGAAUAUCCCCUGUGGGGAUGACAACAAGAAGGCCAACUUCAGGACUGAAGGAGACAUUCCCCGAAAUGAAAGCUCGGAUAGCGCCCUGGGAGACAGUGACGAUGAAGCCUGUGCUUCAGCCAUGCUAGAUCUGGGUCACAUUGGUGACAGGACUGGAGGGUCCUUGGAAGUGGAGCUGCCUCUGCCAAGGUCUCAGAGCAUCAGCACCCAGAAUGUAAGGAACUUUGGCCGCUCACUUCUGGCGGGCUACUGCCCCACAUACAUGCCUGAUCUUGUGCUUCAUGGGACCGGCAGUGACGAGAAGUUGAAGCAGUGCCUGGUGGCCGACCUUGUCCACACAGUCCAUCAUCCAGUCCUGGAUGAGCCAAUAGCUGAAGCUGUCUGUAUUAUCGCAGACACAGAUAAAUGGAGUGUGCAGGUAGCUACAAGUCAGAGGAAAGUGACGGACAACAUGAAACUAGGCCAGGAUGUCCUGGUCUCUAGUCAGGUGUCCAGUUUGCUUCAGUCCAUUUUACAGCUCUACAAGCUUCACCUCCCUGCUGAUUUUUGCAUCAUGCAUCUUGAAGAUAGACUACAGGAGAUGUACCUUAAAAGUAAAAUGCUAUCUGAAUAUCUCCGGGGACACACACGAGUCCAUGUGAAAGAAUUAGGUGUCGUACUGGGGAUUGAAUCCAACGACCUGCCUCUGUUGACUGCUAUUGCCAGUACUCAUUCUCCUUAUGUGGCUCAAAUACUCUUAUAAGCUAAAGCUCAGGACAGUUCUUCCUUGGAAGAAAAAAAUCAAAUUCUCAACUGAAGGAGAAAGGAAUAAGCUCUCUUUGAUGUCAAAAGUAUGAGAAGAGCAAACAGAAACAGUCAUUCCACCUUUUUGUUUUGUGUUUUUGCUGUCAAGCUGAUGCUUCAUUGAAGACUUAGGUUUACUUGACAUAAUGGCGUUUGUGAUUGUCGUGAACACUUUAGGCCAUUUGUUACCCAUGAAUCAACAAAGAAACUGACCUUUUUGGUAGGAGGAAACAUAAGCGCUAAACACUAAGCUGUUGCAACAGAUUGCCUUGUGCUGUUUGGGCAGAGUAAAGACAAGUGAGUUGUGCGGGGUGGUCAGCAGUGUACAUAACAUUCCAGUAGGAAACUGCUUCCGAGUUUAAGCAUGAGCUCCCCAAACUGGAGAAAACAUAUUUUGCUAUUCUGAGACAACAGUCAGAAUACAGACUUUGGAUUCCGGGUCACAGUUUGCUUUUUACACAAGGUAAAGCAAAGAAAGCCACAUUGUGCCAUCUUCAGCUCCAGUGGCUGUAGCAGUGACUGUUUGACAUAAAACAUGUAAGAGAAUUGCUUGUUGGGAAGAGUGCUUUAGGGACCCACUGUUUUCAUUUCUUCUUGGAGUUUACCUUGUUUCAGAUGCAGCCACAGGUAGGUCAGAGAUGGAUUGUUGGUGCAAUAAACCCAAGAAUCAAUGUAGCCUCUUAAUCCCAUCAAGAUGUAGUUUGUAGCAGCAAAGUGUACAGGCUGAAACCAUAUGUUUUAUCCUUAUAUUUUAGAGCUUUCAGCAGCCUUUUUAAGAGAGGCCAUUUACCAAAGUUAUUUCUAUAAGCUCAAGAGUGUUUCGGUUGGUAAGUUCUUCCAGCUGAAGCCACUUUUUCCUUAUGGUUAAUACAAAUGACUAUUUUUACUUUAAAAGGCACAGCUGUCCUGGUGGGAAAUGAAACCUGCAACAGUUCAGGAUGACUAAUGAAAGCAAUUAGCUUGAACAUUUAGAAAAAAUUCAUAUAUGAUCUAAAUUUUUAUAUUAUCGUUUCUGUGCCUUCUAAUUCCUGCAUCCUUUUCAAAACAUCUUUCCAGAAAUUAACUUACACAUUGUAUAAAACCGACCAAAAUGAUUUCCCAAAGUUCAUGCAAAAAAAAAAAAAAAAACCUAAUUUUCUGUUAAUAUAAAAGAAACUUUAGUUUACUGACCGUGAAACAAGACUAUGUACUGACAUCCAGGGCAAAGUAAAAGACUUUUAAAUAUUGGUCAUUAAAGGACACGAGCUAAGCUAGCAAAGCAAAACAUCUUUAGCACUUUGCAGAUCUCAAGCAGUUAACCAGGCUCUGAUUCCCUUCCACUGUUUUAUGAAUUCCAGUUCUUUUCAUGUGUGGUUGAACCUAAGAAUAUGAAGUAAUUUCCCUAUUAGGGACUAGAAUGACUUCAAUUUUUUCAUUUGAUAAAAAUCAGAACUGCUACGUUUCCCUCUUUUUUUUAAUGAUGCAAAAUGUAGAUGAGUGCAUUAAGGUUUGUAAGAUCUUUAUCAUUUUAUGUCAUUCAUUGAAAAUUGAAAUGUUCAUUCUUCUUAAUGUUUUCCUAUUUCCUUUUGCCUAGCAUUUGACUUUGGUGUUUUAAGUUCUGUAGUUCCAUGACAUCGUUUGCUGUUGUGUUACAGAGAGAGAAGGAACCUCACCUGUGGCUCAGCUCCCCCCACAUCCAUUUCUCAUUACGUGUAAAUAAACUGUCAGAGCUGAUGUUACAGCUUUUACAGUUUAAAGCAUUCCCCUCGUCUCUAGUUCCUUUUUUCUUGUUUACAUGUUUUGGGCACUUUCCCUCAUUCACCACCUUCCAGGGUUUCAUAGAAAAUAAAUCAGUUCAAUUCUAACGUGGACAUAGUGGCAUGUUGAUAAUUAGACCCAUAUAGGGGACACUGAGCUUUAAAAUCGUUGACUCUAAACUCUAUACAUUAAAAAAAUUCAGCCCAGGCCCCUCAAAGCCUGAGAAAAUUUAAUUUGCUCUUAAUCUAAUGUUCCAAAACUCACUCUUGGAAAAAUGCCUGUUGGAAAACUACAGGUGGGUCACAUGUGGGGGCUGUCUCCAUGACACUCAGGAUUCCAGUCAGAACCUAAUCCUCAUAUCUAUUGCCUACAAAAAUAGACCAAGAAUGUUGCUGCUCUUUUAUAAUCCUUUAAAUAUUUAACAUUCAAGUUUUCUUUGUCUUAAAUUCAGCCUCUUCCUAAAAGCGAAAAAGAAAAAAAAAAAAAACCUCACAGAAUUGUGUUGAGAUCCACCGCUCACACGCUGUGCACCACCCAGUGGCUUCGUUCUGGCUUAGCCACAGAGGCAAGAAAGGGACCCCACUCGCUCCCAUGCCCACCUCAAGAAAAAACAUAAAACAAUUUUUUUAAAAAAAGAAAAGAAAUCUACCUCAGUUGACAGGAUUCUACCUUUAGGGUUUCUUCAACUUUUAAGUCUUACCUGUUGAGUGUAAUUUUUGUAGCAUCUUGCUUUUCUAAGCAAGCUAGUGAGGCAUGACAGAGCAGAAGUCUGUAAAUGUCCCUGUGAUGGACCUCUUUCUAGCAUGUUGCAGUUUUAUUUUUAAUAAAUUGAUAAGUGAAAUGAAUGUAAAGGUAAUUGUGUAUGUUUUAGACAUGACAAUGAAAAUUUAAAAUGUAACUUCCAUACUUGUGCAUAAUUCCAAAGUAUUUUAUUUUUUAUCAGUGUUAAAUAGCUUUUUGUACAGGCUUCAAUCCAUUUUUCUGAAGUGUGCUGUUUUUUAAUGAAAGUAACUAUAAUCUUUUCACAUCCCACGGAACUGCCGUUUACACAUUGCAACUUUUUAAACUUAACCAUAUUUUUCAAAAUUAACGUUUUUGGAGGGAGAAAAAUCCCCGCUUGCUAAAUGAUACUAAACCGUUGUUUGGGCUCUUAUAAUUAGGUCCUGAGAUUUUAUAAAAACUUAGUCUGUAGCUUUUUAGGUUCUUCACUAUAGUUGGUUGUACAUAAAAAUAAAGAAUAUAAAGUACCCCAAAAUUCUUUUAAAUGUCUGGAUUUUUCCACUAAUAUGUACUUUAGAGAAUAUUUUGUUCAUGCAUACUUUCACAUUAAAUUGAAAAUGUCUUCAGCUUCUCUUGGUAAAUGUGAACCAUUUGUUUUUUAUUGUGCUUGGGGGAGAGGAUAUUUUAAUAUAAUUUUUGCCUAAAUCAAGCAGUCCCCUCUGAAUGUUAAUUUUUAAAUGUCAAAAUAGGAUGAACCAUAUAUCUUGAAAGUGAGAUUGCAAUAUGCUUAAAUUUAAGUGGUAUUUCAAAAACGAGAAAAUUCUGGAAUUUGUUAUUUGAAGCUCCAUAAGAGAAAUUGAUAGGACUUCGUUUUUGAUCAGUUUGAAUAGAUACCAAUGUCAUUGUGUGGGAGUUUUUUUUAACUUGUUUAUGUAUUAUUUUGAUCCAUUUUUUGUGGCAUUUGGUGCAAUAAAACUUUUGAAUUUAUCUUGAA